CUUAUUCAUUCGUUUAAUCUUUAAUCAGUUAACUUACCUUGUACUAUUCUUUAUACUACUUUAUUCAUCCCUUAACUUUAUUUACAACUGCCAUACAUGAUACCAAACCAUGUUCAUUCCUUAACCUAACCCCAUCAUCACCAUCCCUUAAACCACAACAACCACAACCACAACAACAAGGACCCUUUCUCUCCCCUCACUAAAGCAACCCGCAAACCACUCUACCCCAAAUAACCCCCUGAAAUAAUAAUAAGGGAUAGAGAGAGAGAGAGAGAGAGAGAGAGAGAGAGAGAGAGAAAAGAUGGUCUCCCCCCUAACAACAACCUUCAUCCAAUCCACCAUUCUAAACGCCAUCGCCAACAUCCUAGCACAAAUAAUAGACCAUCAUCGGAAAUCCAAAUCAACAUUCACCCCCAACCUCCCCGCCCUCCUCCAAUUCAUCACCUACGGGAUAAUAAUCGUUCCCCCAAACUUCAUCUGGCAGAGGUAUCUUGAACGGCGGUAUCCGGGGUUUCUUUUCCGUGGUGCAUCCUCAUCCCCAUCUACUACUAACAACAACAACAACAACUUUUCCCCUCCUUCACGAACCUCAACCCCUAAUGGAACUACUAAAAGAGGAGGUCCAGGUCCAGGGAUAGGAGAAAUCUACAUCUCCAUCCCGGACCCAACCUCCACCGUCCUCCUCAAGGAGAAGAAAACACCCCACAACUUCCUCCCCGCACAACAGCACAGACGCACCAGAGGAGGCUGGUACAACUUCCUCAUGAAAUUCCUCCUUGAUCAGACGGUGGGGAGUGUAGGGAAUAUCGUACUGUUUAUUGUUCUCAUUAAUUUGCUCAAGGGGGUGGGUGUUGGGGGUGUUUGGGGGUUGGUUGUUGAGGACUUCAAACCCAUCAUGAUCGCAAGACUCAAAUAUAGACCGAUUGUCUCGUUGCUCAUGUAUACGGUUGUGCCGGUGGAUCGGCGCGUCGUGUUUGGGAGUGCGUGUGGGGUUAUUUGGGGGGUGUAUUUGAGUUUGUAUGCUGUUGUUUAGUCUCUCUCUUUCUCUUUCUCUCUCUAUUUCUUUAUUUCUAUUGUGUGUGUUGCUGUUGUUGCUGUUGCUGUUCUUAGAGUUGUGCAUGGGUCAGUCUUUACAUUUCUUUUGUCAGCGUGAUACCUCGUCUUGGCCAUCCAUCAUUUCUUAUUAGAUCUAUUUAUCGUCUGCCUGUCGCUUAACUAGCAUUAUACAAUUUAUAAGUAAUCACACGCAAAUAAAAAUCAUAGCUUCUGGCAGACUACGCUGCCGGCGGCCCGAUCUUCU